GCUGGAGAACUCGGUGCCGAGAAAAACGGCAGAAUGAUGCUGUCCCAGCAAGCCCAAAAGUGGUUUCCAACCCACGUGCAGGUCACUGUGCUCCAAGCCAAGGAUCUUAAGGCCAAAGGCAAAAGUGGCACCAAUGACACAUACACUAUCAUUCAGCUGGGCAAGGAGAAGUACUCCACCUCCGUGGCCGAGAAAACCCUGGAGCCGGUGUGGAAAGAGGAGGCCUCUUUUGAGCUACCCGGUCUGCUCAUGCAGGGCAACCCGGAGAAAUACAUCCUUUUCCUAAUAGUUAUGCACAGAUCCCUGGUGGGGCUAGAUAAGUUUUUAGGGCAGGUGGCCAUCAAUCUCAAUGACAUCUUUGAGGACAAACAAAGGAGGAAAACAGAGUGGUUUAGAUUAGAAUCCAAACAAGGAAAAAGAGCCAAAAACCGGGGUGAGAUAAAGGUCAAUAUUCAAUUUAUGAGGAACAAUAUGACAGCAAGUAUGUUUGACUUAUCAAUGAAGGACAAAACCAGAUCCCCUUUUGCAAAAUUGAAAGACAAAAUGAAAGGUAGAAAGAGCGACGGGACGUUUUCUGACACAUCUUCUGCAAUCAUUCCAAGCACUCACUUGCCUGAUGCCAGUACCGAAUUUUCAAGCAGUGAAAUACCGUUGAAAUCCAAACCCAAAAAGCCUUUUCUCCUGGGUCCCCAGAGACUUUCUUCAGCGCACUCAAUGUCUGACUUAACCGGGUCCCACGUGUCUUCUGAGAAAUUGAAGUCUGGCAUCAUUGGUCCAGCACAUCUUGUUGGUUGCCAGAUAGAUUCCUUCGGAGCAGUUCCAGAAGGUGGAAGCCUCAAAUCUCCACACAGAAGAGCUCUAAGCUUUGAUACCUCUAAAAUGAACCAAGCUGACAACAGUGUGGACCCAGGUGAAUUGUCCUUCGGAAGACAAAAUGAUCCAUUUACAAAUGUGACUGCUUCCUUACCCCCAAAAUUUGCAACACUGCCAAGGAAGAAAAACCCAUUUGAAGAAAGCAGCGAGUCCUGGGACAGCAGUGUGAAUUUGUUUUCGAAAUCCAUUGAAGUGCGGAAGGAAAAUAAAAGAGAGAAACGGGAGAAAGUGAGCCUGUUUGAAAGAGUAACUGGGAAAAAGGAUGGCAGGCGAGCUGAUAAACUUCACAACGGGGCAUCGGAUAGCCCUUGUGACUUGAGAUCACCUAAUGCAUUUAGUGAAAAUCGUCAGGACUAUUUUGAUUAUGAGUCAACUAAUCCGUUUACAUCAAAAUUCAGGGCUUCAACUAUCCUGCCAUCUUCCAGUUUUCAUAUGAAUCCAACAAGCAAUGAAGACCUCAGGAAAAUACUGGAUAGCAACCCUUUUGAUGCUACGGCAGGGUAUCGUGGCCUGACUCACGAGGAGAUUCUGCAGGAGCUAGUGAGGCACAAAGAGCUCCUGAGGAGGAGAGACACCCACAUCCGGGAACUCGAGGACUACAUCGACAACCUCCUCGUACGGGUCAUGGAAGAGACCCCCAGUAUCCUCAGAGUGCCCUAUGAGCCAUCCAGGAAGGCUGGCAAAUUCUCCGAUAGUUAGGAAACCC